AUGGUGAAGCGCUCGCGGGGAGGCCGGGCGCGGCGGCGGCAGCGGCGGCGGCGGCGGCGGCGGCGAGGCGGCCUGGGGUCCGGCUUUCAGUUUGGCUGGGAGAGGGAGGCCGGGAGGGAGGAUAGGAGGAGGGGAGGGCGGGGAAGGCGGGAGGCGGGAGGGAGAGCGGAGGGGCGGGGAGUGGCGGAGCGAGGGAGCCUGGGCCGCGGCCGGCGGCGCCGGGAGGAGGGGCGGCCCGAGCGCCGCGUGCAGCCCGCGCCCCGAGAGCUGCCGCCGCGCGCCCGGUCCCGACCCAGCCCCGACCCGGCCCCGGCCCGGGUCCCCGCGGCUCCUCCUCCCUCCUCCGCCCGCCCGCGCCCCCGGCCACCCCGGCUCGGCCUUUUUUCUUUUUCUCUUCUGAUGUCCUGCUUCACUCUGAACGGGUUGGAAUGCGCGGCCAGGCCCUCGCUCGCGCGGCUGCCGCAGGUCCCCCGCGCGGACCCCGACGCGUCGGCGGCCUCCUCCGGCCCGCGGCACCGCCCGGGAAGCAGGGACCGCGCCCGCGUGGGGUGUCGGCCGGCGGAAGGGGCUGCCCUCGGGCCGGGGAAGCGGGGCACGUCGCCGGGGACAGGGGGCCGCUUUCGGUCUUCAUUUGUUCUUCUUUCCUGCCGCGCGGCCCCCAGCAGCCCCGGGUUUUUAUGUUUGGGCGAGUGGAGGAGGCAAGGGAUCCUGAGGAUGAGGAUAGCUCGCUUUGAUUUUUUACCGUGGUCAGUCAUGAUGCUCUUGACAUUCAUAAUCUUCAGGCACCAACAUAAUCAUCAGAUCUGCCUCCUCCAUGAUGCUGUCCAAGAUUGCUUCCUACCACCACCAAUGAACUAUAUCCAGGUGCCUGCAGCCUCACCCUCUGAUGAUUAUUCUUCCUUCUAUUUCAAGUCCACUCACUCCUCAAAACUCCGUUCAAAGCUCACUUCCAGAGGAAGACUUCCCAGUUUCACCUUUCUUGGGGAGAUUGCUGGGCAUCAGAACCAAGCUUCUCCACCUCAUCUUCCAAACUUGGCUGAGACCUUCUGCCCACUUCUGGUAACUGGAUCCAUCUCCUAGUGAUCUAUCAGGUCACUUAUAGCCCUGCCUGCUCUUAACCAAGUUCUUCCUACAGCCAGGGUCAUGUUGUUGAAUCUCAGCUUGGCAAUCCAGACCCUGCCCCCUGCUACAGAGUCUCUGUUUGGAAGACUCUGAGAGAAGAAAGAUGAAGGGACAGUGAACGGGUGUUCCCUCUGCCACCUUAAAUUUUACUAUGAUCUUAUGAAUAUCUGCAAGGUAGUGACUGGCUGCUAGGAUUUAUUGAUAAAUUUUAUUACAUUUCUUUUCCUCAAAUCAUCUUAAUCACAUCUUU